AUGCACGGGAGCAUCGAAGGCGUGGCCACGCUCGUCCGGCGGAGGGCGGCGGUGAACUCCCGGACGAAGGUCCACGAGACUCCGCUGAUGCUCGCGGCCUACUACCGCCACGCGGAGGUGGUGGCGCUGCUGCUGGCGCACAGGGCGCGCGCGGACCUGGCGGACUGGCAGGGGCGCACGCCGCUGGCGGCCGCGAAGGCCUCGGUGUGCGGGAACGGGGCCGACAACCACGGCCAGGCGCAGGCGAAGUGCGUCUCCAUCCUGGCGGAGCACACGGCCUCCGCGGCGUCCAGCGGGCCGCCCAAGGAGGCGGAGGAGCUGCGGGAGCAGGGCAACGCGUUCUUCAAGAAAGGGCAGUGGCAGGAAGCCAUCGCGGCGUACUCCAUCGCCCUCUCGUUCGGAGACAGCGCUGCCUUGUACGCCAACCGCUCCGCGUGCUACCUGCAGCUGGAGCGCUUCAUGGAGGCCAAGCUGGACGCUCAGAAGGCGGUUGGCCUGGCUGGCGACGCGGGGCACAAGAAGGCCUCCUGGCGCCUGGCGAAGGCCGCGCUGGCUCUCGGGGACCUCGGCCGGGCGGAGGAGGCGGCCAGCGAGGGCCUGAAGGUGCAUGCCGGCGAUCCAGCGCUGAGGCAGCUCCGGAACGAGAUCCAGCUGGAGCGGCGCCGGCGGCUGGGCGCGUGA